CUCCGACCAACCACGAUUACCUGCAUCAUCUAAACGCUUCCACUCUGCCCGACUUCACAAGCGCUGAGUCUCUUGACUACUCAUCUCACUCCUUGGCUCAGUCUACACCUAGCCUCCGUUUCAGUCACAGUCUCAACCUUCGUUUGCCGCCCUUGCCGUCGUCCAUCAUGGCGCUCGACACCUUUUUCCACAACAAGAUAGAGAGCAUGAAGCUCGAAAUAAUACAAGGACAGGCAGUACUCAGACGUCUGGAAGCACAACGGAAUGACUACAACUCGAGAGUACGGUUGCUUCGCGAAGAGCUAGGGCUGCUGCAACAGCCAGGGUCGUACGUCGGCGAGGUGGUCAAGGUGAUGGGGACGAAGAAGGUACUCGUCAAGGUGCAUCCAGAGGGCAAAUAUGUCGUGGACAUUUCAGACAACGUCGAUAUCGCGAAGCUCACCGUCGGGAAACGCGUGACCCUCCUAUCCGAUUCUUAUAAACUCGAGAAGAUGCUUCCCUCCUCCGUCGAUCCGCUCGUGUCUCUCAUGAUGGUGGAAAAGGUGCCCGACUCUACCUACGAUAUGAUCGGUGGUCUGGAUCAGCAGAUCAAAGAGAUCAAAGAAGUCAUCGAGCUUGGUCUCAAGCAUCCAGAGCUCUUCGAGUCUCUCGGUAUCGCUCAGCCGAAGGGUGUUCUCCUAUACGGCCCCCCGGGUACAGGAAAGACACUUCUCGCUCGUGCCGUCGCCCAUCACACAGACUGCAAGUUCAUCCGCGUGUCAGGGUCGGAGCUGGUGCAGAAAUAUAUCGGUGAGGGCUCACGUAUGGUGCGCGAGCUGUUCGUCAUGGCGCGUGAACAUGCGCCUAGCAUUAUCUUCAUGGACGAGAUUGACAGCAUCGGGUCGUCCCGUGUCGAAGGCUCAUCUGGCGGCGACUCGGAAGUCCAGCGCACUAUGCUGGAGCUGCUGAAUCAACUCGAUGGUUUUGAGCCCACUAAGAAUAUCAAGAUCAUCAUGGCCACCAAUCGUCUCGAUAUCCUCGACCCAGCGCUCCUUCGACCGGGCCGCAUCGACCGUAAGAUCGAGUUUCCGCCACCAACGGUCGAGGCGCGUGCAGACAUUCUACGCAUCCACAGCCGCAGCAUGAACCUCACGCGCGGCAUCAACCUGACGAAGAUUGCAGAAAAGAUGAAUGGAUGUUCAGGGGCAGAGCUGAAGGGUGUAUGCACGGAGGCAGGCAUGUAUGCGCUACGAGAGCGGAGAGUGCACGUCACACAAGAGGACUUUGACCUCGCGACAGCGAAGGUGUUGAACAAGCAUGACGACAAGGCGACGAGUUUGAGCAAGCUCUGGAAGUAGACGGGAGGUCUGUAGAGCAGCGCGAAGUGUAUUAUGAAAAAGAGCAUAGACCGCGGUUUUCAAUCAGAUCGCAGAAUAGGAGCAAGGAGAACAUUAAUCAUGGUUGGAACGUCGUCGAGUGCACUGGAAUUUGAAUCCUAUCCUCUACUUAUCCCUUCUUCAUAAAUACCCUCCACUCCACUUCGUCCCUUCAGCCACUCACUCACUCCCUCAAGCCUCGCCAUUCGUUCAUUCAUUCAUUUGUUCAUUCAUUCAUUCAUUCAUUCAUUCAUUCAUUCAUUCAUUCAUUCAUU